UUUGUAGAUUAAAUAGAAUCGUGGGAGAAAAAUGCGUAUACUAACUUUGGGCCACAGCAACGAUAAGUUCGACACUGCGCUCCAACGCGGAUGCUGCAUAGAGAAAGCGAGUGAGAGAGAGUAAGGUCGAACGUAAGUGAAAUCAGAUGCAUCAUACAGGAGUGAAAGAGAUCAAGUCAGCUUAAAUUACUAGCACGCGCACGCUUGCACGUUUGUCGUUUUCGCGCUCCAUCGAACGCGACGUGAUGCGAUGCAACAGGUGGUACGACAGGUGGUACUAUGCACAUAAUUCUGCUCUAGCAAGACCAACCGGUAGAUAGAAAACAGAUUUCUCUGGUCCUUGAAUAAUAUAAAAUAAUUUAUAUUUUUGAUUAUGAGAAACAAGAUUUUUCUGUUGCAAUGCUAUGAUUAGUGUAAUAAUUAUGAUACAAGCAUCAUCGUCUGACGCAAAUUCGCCCUUCGACCUGUAGUUCUUAAGCAAUAUGCGUAUAAAAGAAAGAGAGAAAAAGAAAAGUAUAGCUGCAAAGAACUGCGACAUGGCGCUGACCAAUCAGCGUAGAGACUAGUAUAAGAUGCAUUUGGGAACACCGGUGCAGGUUACAACUUGAUUGAAAACAAAACAUCAUCAACGGUCUGGCGGGAACGAGUAGGAACUAUGGAAAGUUUCACGUGGAUGUAACCGAAAUUGUUGAACACAUAUAUUAGUUGUUUGAUGAAGCCUUUUCUCAUCUAACGGCAUUCGUCAUGCUUGGAUAAAACAGUAUGAAAUCUGAAAGCAACCUCAAGCAAGACGACAAAUAAUAUCAACAGAAUUUGAACGCCUGUGUUCCACGUUUUUUGUUUAAAUGUGUCGUUGGUUCAGUUGCAGCCGCUUGAAACAUGGAAAAUAAUGUGAAUAAUCGAAAGAAAAGAGCCUCGGAGAAGUCUAAUGAGCAUCAGACUAAACGCUCUAAGCACAUCGAAAGUGAUGAUGCUGUGACAGAGUAUACAGCUGGAAAAGUGAAAAAGAUUCGGGUUCGUAACUUUAUGUGUCACGAAGCUUUGGAGAUAACAUUAAAUGAGAAUGUCAAUUUUAUUGUGGGGCGCAAUGGCAGUGGUAAAAGCGCUAUAUUGACAGCAUUAACUGUAGGACUUGGUGCAAAGGCUAAUGUGACGAGCAGAGGAACCUCUAUUAGAGAGUUUAUAAAGAAGGGUACAAAUAACGCUAUCAUUGAGAUAACAUUAAGUAACAAAGGAGAUACUGCAUACAAGUCUGAGAUUUAUGGUGAUGUGAUUACCGUUAUACGUAUAAUUGGAACUACUUACGCAUACAAGAUUAAAAAUUGGAGAGGAGAUAUCAUCUCUACAAAACGUGAAGAAUUAGACAAUAUUAUAACAACGAUGAACAUACAAAUUGAUAAUCCAAUAUCUGUUUUGAAUCAGGAUAUUUCGAGAACAUUUCUAGUUAGUUCUAAGCCUAGUGAAAAGUACAAUCUGUUCAUGAAAGCCACUCUCUUAAAUACUAUAGAAAAAAAUUAUAAUGAAGCUCGAGAGAUAUGCGAAGAAGAAUAUAAAAAAUUAAAACAAUAUUCUGAGGCAUUGUCACAAGUAAGGAAAGAAAUCCAAAAAUUGAAGGAAAAUAUCCAUAGAGUGGAAGAAAUAGAUGCAUCACGUGCGGAGUUAAAUGAUCUUGAAAUGGAACUUCAGUGGGCUAAGGCUAUUGUGGAAGAAAGUAAGCUUUGUAAGAUUCAGGAAACAUUAAAGAUGUAUGAAGAUCAAUUGCAAGAUCUUCAAAAUAUGGAGGCAUCUGUGGGAACUAAAGAUGAAGAAAUUGAUGAAAAAAUCAAAGAAGUGAAACAAAAAAUUCAGCAAGCAGAACAGGAAGCAAUAGAUAGCAGCGAAGCAUUUAAAAGCGCAAAGGAGAAAUAUUUGGCUGCAAAUGAGACAUAUCACAACAAGCAGCGUGAGUGGCGUUCAGCAGCGAAUAAAAGAAAGCGAUUAGAAGAUGAUAUUAAUUUGCUAAAGAAAGAAAUUCAAAAGUUAGAAGGCUGCAAUCUUGAAGAACAUAAUAAAAGAAGAGAAGAAACAGAACGUCUAUCACAGUUAGAAGAACGACUGGACGAACUCGGAGCUUCCUUGCGCACAAAGCAAACCGAAUUGAUGCAUUUAGAAGCUGAUAAGAUGCGACUUUCGCAAGAAGUACAAUCCGCCAAAAUUGAAAUAGAUAAUUCAAAUUGGCGCGUAGAAAAGAUAAAAAAGGAAUUAAUUGCGUUCGAGCAACAAUCUGAUAACGCACUAAGUGUGUUUGGACCAAAUAUACCGCGUCUACUGAGGAGAAUUGAAGAGGAAUAUAAAAAAGGGCGAUUCAAGGAAAAGCCACGUGGUCCUAUUGGUGCUUAUAUAAAAAUGAAGGAUGCAGCGUGGGCGCCAGCAGUGGAAAGUUACCUAGGUUCUCGCCUUCUUGGUUCGUUUUGUGUGGAUAACAAUCAAGAUGCCAAAUUCUUGAACGGCAUCAUGAAGGAAAUUUACUACAACGAAAACUUCCCCCAAAUUAUAUCUAGCAAGUUCUUUCAUAAGAUGCACGAUGUUAGACGUCACUGCACUCAAUCGCCACACCAUUCUAAUCUGCUAGAGGCUAUGGUUAUAGAAGAUCCCAUCGUGGCUAAUGCCUUGAUCGAUCAACGUGAGAUUGAAUGUAUUCUCCUUAUACCAAAGAGUACAGAGGCAUGCGAGAUAAUGUCAGACAGAACGAAAGUACCAAAGAAUUGCAAGAGAGCGUUUACUCAGCGAGGUGACGUAUUCUAUCCUGAUCCAAAUUAUAGGACUUACGGCGGAAGGUGUAAUGGACGCGCUAAAUUCCUUCAAGUUUCUACCAUGGAAGCGAUGCAAACACUAAAAGAAGACCUUCAGGUAGCGGAAAAUAAAAAGCAGGAUGCCAUUAUAGCACACAAAACUGUAUGUGAUAAAAUAAAACGUACUAAUUCUGAAUUAAAUCACGUUAGCACGACAGUUGGCAAGCUAAAAUCCGCGCAAAGUGAAUGCACUAAUUUGAUUAAUGAAUUAAAAUAUAAAAUGGAUUCGAGCAAUGCUACAUCGGCUGAUGUUUUUCGGAAUGAAGCUGCAGAAUUAGAAAAGAAGUUGGCGCAGGAAAACGCCGCAGAGAAGCUUCUUGCUGAGAACGUAAAGGAAUUUCAGAAAAACGUAGAAUCUCUCAACACCGAGGUCAAACGUUGCAGAGACUUAAGGCACAAUUUAAACACAAUAAUUGAUCCCCUCAAGGAUCAAAUAAGAGAGUUUACACUGCAGAAAGAAAGACAUCGACAGAAGUGUAUGCGCGCCACUCGGAAGUUACAGGAAGUUCGCCAAGCUGUGCAAUGUGCAACAGGAGAGUUCGAAAUACAAGAGAGAGCCACGAAGAAAGCGGUGUCCAAUGCCACUUCAAAAUAUCCUAACAGGAUAGACACGACCAGAUCGAUAAACGAAAUCAAAACUUUGUUAAGCGAUUUACGGGAAAAGAUUUCCGAAGUGGAGCAUCAGUAUGGCACUAUGGAUGAUUUGCGGAAACAAUUGAGAGAAAAAGAGGAGAAGUAUGGAGUGAACAUUGAAUUUACGUCCAAGUUAAGAGAAAGUUGUGAAAAACACAUUAAACGAGUAAAAGAGCGACAGAAGUUAUUUAUUGAAUUGAGGGAUCUAUACAGUGUUUACGUGCAAAAGUCUUUCACUGAUAUGCUUUCUCUAAGACAAUACCAGGGCACUGUGGUGAUCGAUCACGUUAACAAAGUGCUUGACUUAAGCGUUAGUGCGCGGGACAACAAGAUCGACAACAACAGCAACAACACCAGGUCGCUCUCGGGAGGCGAGCGAUCUUACUCAACAGUCGCCUUUAUCUUGGCCCUCUGGGAUUGCAUUCAACUACCUUUUUAUUUUCUUGACGAGUUUGAUGUGUUUAUGGACAAAGUAAAUCGACGGGUGAUAAUGGAUAUUCUUUUGGAACACACCAGAACGCAUAAGCAGAGUCAAUUCGCUUUUCUCACACCUUUAGAUACGUCGGAUAUUCUUGCCGAGGAUUAUAUAACAAUUCAUCAAUUAGAACCACCAGAGAGGAGAGGUCUGAGUCAGUAAAUACCUGAAUGCUGCUUUUUUUUUCCAGUGAUAGGAUUUCUUUUUUGUUGUUCGCAUUCAGGUAUGAGAACAUAUUUGAUUCUGUCGUAAACAAACGCACGUAAACUCGUCUAGCAAUAAGAAUAAUUUAUGCUAUCGUUUUUAGUUGAAAAAUAAGUUUUAAAUAUUUAUUAUCACACAUUCAUAUAAGAAGAUACGUAUGCAGAAUGAUAAUCAAAUUUAUUUUUGUGAGUCCAUUUUAUGUAAGAAUAGCGGCAAAUCUUACGUUUGCAUACAUGUGAUAAAUACUUUAAAGGUGGAGUGAUCUUCAACAAAGUUUUUAUUUGAAAAGUGAUACACAUGUCAAAGAAUAAGAUUUUUGUUAUCAAAACAUUAAAAGUGCCUUCGAUAUUGCAUAUGAAAUUUUUUUUAUAAUAAAAGUCAGUUAAU